AUGUACAUCGCCUUCAACUUCCUCCAGGCCACCUUCCGCAGCCCCUUGGUCGACAAGACGUUUUCCACUGACAGGCUCGACCGGUUCAUCGUGAACAUCGCCCGUGUGGUCACCCUGGACGCCGACGCGAUCUUCUGCGCUCUGUACCUCCUCUGGAACCUGAAGGCCACCGGGAUCAUCGAAGACCGUGCCUCCGGCCACCGCCUCUUCCUCGUCGCCGUCCUCAUCGCGAAGAAGGUGGUCGACGACUGGGACGGGCGGACGAAGCUCCUCGUCGAGAGGAUGCGGGGCGCGAUCCUCUCCAGCCCGAGCGACAUCACCGAGAUCGAGUGGAUGGUCUGCCAGAAGCUGCGCUGGCGCCUCCAGAUCAACCCGGAGGUGCUCCAGAUGCUGAAGAGGAAGCUCUGCGGCGACUUCCGCCGAGGCCAGCGCGUCCCGGACUCGUACCGCGACAUACGGAUUCCGCUCCCUAGCCGCACGGAGAACAUCGUGGACGCCAUGAGGGAGGCUAUGGGCGGGGACGCUCCUCGGCCACCGUCGACGGCGCCGAUCGAGUCCCACGAGUCCGACUUUGUGGCGGAGGGUUCGCGGACGCCACCUACGCCUGCCUUGUCGAGCAGUGCGGAUACGACACCUGCGACCUCUCCAGGACCAUCGAGCCCCGCGGGCCAAGAGGGAUACGUCGUUUUGAUCGGUGACCACACGAUGUGA